AUGGCCUACGGAACUCUUAAACUCUUUACCCUUGCUUUCUUCCUUCUGAACUCGACGCCGACUGCGCGUCCGGAUGCUGUGGCUUCAACACCGGUCAAAUGCGCCGGUCCCAUCGUCGCGCAAGAGAGGGACGGCGGCUGCGGAUUCGGCGAUCCUGAGCCCAACGACAACGCUGCUCGUGCACUGACGGAAGGAAACGGCGCUGGAGCGACUUCUGCUGCUGUUGCUGCCCCUGCUGCAAGCACUCCGGCUGCCAGCAAAGCAACUCCUACUCCGGCCGCCUCCCUCAGCGGUGCCCGAGCGGCGGCGGCAGCGAACCCAAGUCUGGCCGGCAACGGCAAGGGGAAACAAUUCAUUACGGGAGCGUGUCUCAGCGACGCAGACUGCGCUUCGGGUUGCUGCGGGUUCAAUACGGGACUUUGCGCGGGGCCGAUUGUGGCCCAGGAGCGAGAUGGGGGGUGUGGAUUUGGCAAUGCGCAGCCAAACGAUAAUGCGGCAAAGGCGUUGACGGCUGGGCAGUGA